AUUUUGGAGCUCCUCUGGUGGGAACCUGUACCCGGCUGCUAUGCUCCUCCCUUCUCUUCCCAACUCUCGGUGAUCAUCUCCAUCUCCCCUCGCGCAUCCCUUCCCCCCUCCCUGCUUUCUUUGCUCUCCCUCCCUGCCGCGUGCCUGCUCCCCUCCCCCUCUCCUGGCUGCUCUGGGCAGCAGCAACCUCGGCAGCCCGGGAGAUGGGAAGAGAGCGCGCGGGGCGCUGCAGCUCUGGAGCCCUGGAUCUUUCCUCACCCGGUGCCUUGAGACCCCGCCGCCGCUCUCGCCUCUUGGCUACCCCCGGACUCCGGCUACGCUACUAGGACAGCGCCGCCACCACCGCCAGCCCUCGUCCCGCCCGCGCCGCGCUGCCCUCCCGCGCCCUGGAUGGAGCUUUCCCUCGCUGGGAUCGCUUUAGAAUGUGAUAACUCACGCAUCUGAUAGCACCGUGGAGUAGUUCAGCACUCAUCUCUGCUUUCCAUGCUAUGUUCUCUACACUGAAAAAUUAUGACAUCAACAUCCAAAGGCAUUCUUCGCCCAUUUCUAAUCGUCUGCAUCAUCCUGGGCUGCUUCAUGGCAUGUCUGCUCAUUUAUAUCAAGCCCACCAACAGCUGGGUCUUCAGUCCAAUGGAGUCUGCAAGUUCUGUGCUGAAAAUGAAAAAUUUCUUCUCCACAAAAACUGAUUAUUUUAACGAAACUACCAUUCUGGUUUGGGUAUGGCCAUUUGGGCAGACCUUUGACCUUACAUCCUGCCAAGCAAUGUUCAAUAUCCAAGGGUGCCAUCUCACAACAGACCGCUCAUUGUACAACAAAUCCCAUGCGGUCCUGAUUCACCAUAGAGACAUCAGCUGGGAUCUGACUAACUUACCUCAGCAGGCCAGGCCACCCUUUCAGAAAUGGAUUUGGAUGAAUUUAGAGUCACCCACUCACACCCCCCAAAAGAGUGGCAUUGAACACUUGUUCAACCUGACUCUAACUUAUCGCCGUGAUUCAGAUAUCCAAGUGCCUUAUGGCUUCUUGACGGUGAGCACAAAUCCCUUUGUGUUUGAAGUGCCAAGCAAGGAGAAGUUGGUGUGCUGGGUUGUGAGUAACUGGAACCCUGAGCAUGCCAGGGUCAAGUAUUACAACGAGCUCAGCAAGAGUAUUGAAAUCCACACCUAUGGCCAAGCAUUCGGAGAAUACGUGAACGAUAAAAAUCUGAUUCCCACCAUAUCUACUUGUAAAUUUUAUCUUUCAUUUGAAAACUCAAUUCACAAAGAUUACAUCACAGAAAAGCUCUACAAUGCAUUUUUGGCUGGUUCAGUACCUGUUGUCCUGGGUCCAUCUAGGGAAAACUAUGAGAAUUAUAUUCCAGCUGAUUCAUUCAUUCAUGUGGAAGAUUUUAACUCUCCCAGUGAGUUAGCAAAAUAUCUGAAGGAAGUUGACAAAAACAAUAAGUUGUACCUUAGUUACUUUAACUGGAGAAAGGAUUUUACUGUAAACCUACCACGGUUUUGGGAAUCACAUGCAUGCCUGGCAUGCGACCAUGUAAAAAGGCAUCAAGAAUAUAAGUCUGUUGGUAAUUUAGAGAAAUGGUUUUGGAAUUAAAGUGUCCAUCAUUGUCACAGUGAAAAAGAUUAAUGAGACAUAAUUCAAGUUUUCAGGAUAAGAAGAAACACGCUGCAUUUGGGGCACCGUUUAAUUUUCCUGCCCUCCCUUGAGGACCAUGUAUAUUUUGGUGAAAUUUUUAAGAGAUCAGAAUUAGCAAUCACUCAAUUUGGUUUUAAAUUAUCCUGUAUAUAUGUGAUAACGAGCACUGGAAAUAAUUUAUUUGUCACUCUCAUUUAUAAACAUUGUUUUUACAUUUUAUAGUUGACUGUAAAGUAAAUUUAUGAUUUACUUGUUUCUACAUCAAUCAGAUCUUUAAUCUAUUUGGGAGAUAAAAAUACAUAUCCUAAAAUAUGAGGGACUUUUUGCCAAGUAUUAUAAAGUAUAGAUUCUAGCUUGUAUAAUGCUAACAAAGAAGAAUUAUUGAAUCACUUAAUUCUUAAUCUCUUUGACUUCAAAGUUGAACACUACUGACAACUGAUAGAGUUUUUACUUGUACCACAUUUGUGAAGGGGAGCUAAUUGAUGUAGCAAAUAAGAAAGAUAUGAAGCAGAAAUGUUAUUAGACUUCACAUUCAUUUUUAUUAAGUUGUUUAGCAAAUGUAGAUUCCCAAUAUUUUAAGUUAAAGAAAACAAGAAUUUUCAGAUAAACAAUUUAUAUGGUUUUAGGGAGAUUUGAUUGUUUGUUUUGUGGGUUUAGUCCCUAAUAAUACCUAAGAGAAUCUUUUGAUAGUUCCCUUUCAAAUCAUGAAGAUAACCACUAUUUUAAAAAUAAAUAAUUUCCUCUUAUAACAAUAAAAAAAUGAUAUCUUCAAAUACAAAUAAAUGUAUAAAUUAUACCAUUUAUAGAACGCUAGUUACUUCAUUCAUUUGAAAUAUUUUUUCCAAAGCAUCCAUAUUUAAGUUUUAUUUUACUGUAUUUGUUAAUAAAUAGAAGUAAAACUUGAAAGAUCUAUCUGAUCAUUUAAAAGAGUUUAAAAUUCUUACCAAUGGGUCAGAUAUGUCACAAAACACAAUAAAGUGGGAACCUACAAGGAAUACAGUGCUGACACAGAGUAAGAUUUCAAUAUGUAUUUUUUAAAUAAAUUAUCAGUAUUAAAAAAGUAAUGGGUAAAUUUUUGUUUUUGAUAAAGGAACAGUUCUAGCCAAGAGCUAUUAAUUAAAAUUUAUCAUUUUUAUACCAUUUAAGAUAAUAUCCAUACAUAGAAUAUGUUGUUAUUAUAUUCAGGGCUUUACACAACCAAUGUAAAUUUAUUGCACUGAAUUUGGGAGCAUGUUAUCUAUGAACUUUCAUCUGCCUGCAAAAUUCUCUUCUGUAAGUGUAGAGGAGAUAACUGGGCAUAUGCAAAUACAAUAGAUUAGGGAAAAAAUGUGAUUCUGAAGACUCUGACAGAAAAUUUUUCUUCAAAGUGUUUCUAAAGCCUGCAUUCUAUUCUGUUCAAAACCUACAGAAAAAAAAAUAAUGUUCUGAUGACAUUUAUUUGGAUCUUUUGUGGCUCUUUAUAUUUCUCUAUUAUGUAUUGCAAUUAGCCAAACUCAGGCUAAUUCUCCUCAUCUACAGAGAAGAUUCAUUUCAGUUUGACAAGCAGGAAGUAUGUGCUCAAUGAGACAUAAGCUCCCUUAGCAUGGAAUCAUUUGAGCAAAGAAAGACCACAGAAUUAAACGAAGAGUAUGAUCUCAUAUUUUUUUAAAGACAUAGUUACACAGGUGAUAUUGUUGAUCCCCAACUGCCACAGAGGUAAAGAUGAAAAUGUGUUGUCACUGCAGGGUGACAAUGGAGACUUAGUUAAAAAAAAAAAAUACUAAACAAUACUAGUAAAUUUACUCCAUUCUUUACCUACUCAACAUGUGUUUGAAUGGCAAGCUUUGUCUACUCACUUGAUCCAACAUAUAUUUUUCUCUAGAUUAUCUUUUUUCCACACAUCGUUUUUACAUGUAUACCAAGAAAUCAUAUAUAUACAUAGAUACUCUCAUAAAGGCUCUAAUCAUAUAUUUAUUUGCUUAAAAGUCAAAUUCAUGCAUUUACUUAUGAUUUUUUUGAUCCAAAAAUGGUAGAGAGCUAAGCAUGGAUUGCUAAAUUUAGAAUAUGCUCUCAGUGAAAGCUGGAAAGCAUUUGAUGUUGCUUUCAUCCACCAUUGCUAUAUUGGAUGCUAAGAGACCUGAAGGCAGUUGCCUCUUUUGUUGGCUAUGAAUUUGAGCUCAUUCUUGGACUGGAAGUACAAUUAAAUGCCAAUAGUGUAAGCCAAGCCAAGGUAUUAAGUAUUUCACAAGUGCAUCUACAUAUUUAGAACCUGAUGCCAAGCCACAGAACGUCUGAACUUUACGUCCAUAGUUAGAGCGAGCUUUUUAACUAGAAUAUACAACAAUAUUCAUAAGUCAACCUCUUCUUUUCUGUGAACUAACUCGUUAUUUAUUUAUGACAUAUUUAUUCCUGAUAUGUUGAGAGACAGGCAUGUCAACCCCACACGUAGUGAUGAUAGAAAUUAGAAUUUAAGGAUCCUAUUGCUAUGACUCUCAUUUCUCUCUGCCCUAUCCAUACCUUAUUGUACAAAUAUAUCUCAAUUCCUAUAAAUGUGAAUAUCCUCUGGCAUUAUUUAGUCCCUGUAGGCUAGUAUGUUCUGGGAGGACUUUAGUUUUUGGAAAUAUAUUGAACAGAAUUUGAGAUGUUGACACUCUUUCUGAUAUUGUUUUAGCUGUUGAACUUUAGCAGAAGGAAUGAGCUUCACUAUGUGUGAGUGGAAAAUGUACCACUGACAAGAUAUGCUAUUGGCUGCUCUGUUAAUAAAUCCUGUGACUCAUACUUUCUGUAAGCAUAUCUCUUAUGAAAGAUUGAUUGAUUCAACCAAAUUGGCUUGCUGCUGGUAUAAUAAAAGCAGAUAAUAUGCCUAGAGAUCCAGGAUGGCUCUAAACAGAUCAUGAGCAAGUUAUCACCUAAAAGUGCAGAAAGUCCUUAUCACCAGUGCUCUGAGUAUUUAAUUGCUAUUUAGUUCAGGCCUUAUUAAUAGGAAUACAAAAAUAAUUAUUUUAAGCCUUACUGAAGAGAAAUAUACUGACUUAUCUAGUUAGCUGCAUUGUAUUUUAGAGAGUGAAGAUCUUGAUAGCCAUAUAUUUUAGGACAGCCAUCACCUAAUGAAGUAGAAAGUAUAAAAGAUACUCUCACUGGGAAACCAGCAUCAGUUUACAAGAUUUCUAUUUACUGUGAGAAGCUCAGUCCUAGAGUGUACAAAGCUUGAACCAGAACUGUUGAGGUAGAAAUGGACAGAAUACUUGAGGAAUUAUUCACUCACUCUUUAAACUUUUGUCUUUAAUUGGAGAUUAAAUAAAGAAUGAAUAAAAACAGGAAAUAAGCUACUCAGAUUUUCUUUUUUAUUGAACUUUUUUCAGAGUAGACUUCAUGGCUGCUACUCACCAAGAAAGCGUUUUUGUGAGUUAAUGUUUCAAAACAUUUUAGUUCUCCACAUUUUUAUUUCAUGCUUUAUGAUGUCAGCUCCCCUCAACUCAAAGCUCAAGAGAAGGAGGUUUGUUAAAAAUUGCAAUCAAGGUCUAGAUAUAAGAGAUUUCAGAAGCUAAAGGAUAAGCAUUUGUUCAUACAGGAGGGGUUAUUAAUGGUUGCCUAGUAAAUAAUUACCUCAAUGAAAUUAGUGGACAUGAAAGAUACAUUUAAUGUAAUCGAAAUAACAGUUUCUUCAUUCGAAAUGGGGAUAAUCUCUUCUGUUCAAAUUGCUUCUAGAUUCAGAGAACAGACAGGUUAAGUCCUUCUUAUCAUAUGUUUAAAAAAAAACAAAAGAAAUAAAUAUUAUGAAAGAUUAAACUAGAUUUGAAACUUCUUAGAAUUCUAUUUUAAUAUUAACCAUUCACCAACUGUUAACCUAAUAAAGAUGAAAUUAGGACAUAAAGAGAAUUGAAAAAUGAAGCAUCAGGAUAGGCAAAUGUGUAUUACCAAACUGUGGGGAGAGAAACAGAUUUACCCUUCAUUCUUGCCAAUUUGAUUUGUUGUAUAGUGAACAUACUGCAAACAUCAUCUCAAUCAAGUGGUUUUUGCUGUGGGCAUCUCUCUUCUGGAGUCUUUAUGGCACUGUGAAAAUGGCUAAGCUCUGCUACUAUCCAAAGUAUGGUCCUGUGUAAUUAAUAUUCAAUCCAUCCAUAUUUAUAAGCAGUUAAUAGAGUCUAAAUGGUAGACACACUGUUGAACUAGAAAUAUGAGUAAGUCUACCCUAGACUAUCAUUGCAACAAAUUGAAGCCUUGAGAAACUCACUUGACCUCUCUGGAUAACCUUGUUAGUAAGAAUUCCUUCAGCACAACUGCUUUAUAAUAUGAGGCCUAAGUUGAUAUGUGCAUAUAUUUGAGUUCCCUUGUCUAUCCAAAAAUAUUUUUGAAAGUUAGUACUCCAAAUAAAAUUCCCUUUCUUUUCUCUAGAACAAUAAAGAACAGGUUCUUUACUGAAACUUACAAUAUAGUAAGUGUUCAAUUAACGAAUCUUUCUCCUUUAUAUUUUUCUUCCUCUUAGGUCUCUUGCAACAUACAGUUUCUUACACUUAGUUAUCUACAGAAAACAACCAUAUAUUGAACCCCAUUCUAAAACAAUUCACAUUUUUUAUACUAUAUGUAUUCUUACUAUAAUAAUCUAAAACUAUUUAUUGAUGCAAACUCAGGAAUUCAGUGGAAGCAUGUCGAGUUCCUUCAUCAACAGGAAUAUAGAGUUUGAGUGUAUAUGAUUGACUAUAUUUAGAAAACUUAUUCUUUUGACUCAAGGCUAAUUUAUUUCCAUUCAUUUAACACACUUUGGGUAUAUUUUCAUUUAAAAGUAAAUUCCAUACCACUACUGUUUUAAAGCAUUACUCAAGGCACUGUUCCUAAGCCAUGUAAUCUAGAGUUUGCAGAGAUAAUUAUUAAUAAUACUGACAGCUGGUCCAUUUUCCAUGUAAUUGGAACAUUUUUAUUUAAGGAAACAAAACAAAACCACAAAAAAACAAACAAACAAGAAAAGCAAAAACAAACAAACAAAAAAACAAAACAAAACGAUAAAGGAAGAAGACAGAAACCAUGGCAUUACUACAAAGUAAUCCUAUGCCUCCCAGAGGUUCUCUGACUCACAUCUGCUUUGAGAAAUUCCUACAUCAAUGGCAUAAGAAUUAUUUACAUCAUUUGAAAGAUCGUCAUAAUACAUAGGAUGACCUAGGUCUGUAUUUUUAAGGAGUCCAUAGACAAUUCAAACAUGUUGCUAGUUUUGGAAGUCUGGGUCCUGUCUAUUAAAUAGAAGUAAUUCUAUACUCAAACAAUACAGGCAUGAGAUAUUGCCUUUCCUUAGCUCACUUGGAUUCUCCUUAAAUAUAUUGGUAGGUGUUACUAUAUUUCAAAGUCCAAGAUGUUCCUCAAUCUUAGUUGUGUCUUGUACAGUGGUGCUGCUCUUCAGCUAUGAUUUAGGGAAAACUAUCAUUUCCUGAAAAUUAUUUUUCACAAUCUUUCUUAGAUUUUUAAAUGCACUUUUUUUUUCAGUUUUAAGUACAAAAAACAAAGGUAGGCAAUUAUUAGGUUCUCUUGCAGCCAUCAAAAUUGCACAUAUUUGAUCAAUUUCUUUCCCGAGUCUCAGAAGCUUAUUGAUAGGUAGGAUAUGGCAACAUGUUAUAACACUUUGGAUUGUCCACAAUCAUGAGUUCAAUAUUAAAUGUGAGCUAUUCACUCACUAGCUCACUCUCUGUGCCUGAUCUCAUCUCUGUUGUUAUCAUGAUUUGUAUGUGUACAGUAGGGGUAGCCUAUUUUGAAAACAAAUGAAUUCAUCUCUAAAACCUUAGACAAUUAUAUGUAUGUGUAUCCUGUGAUGUUCUACCACUGAGAUAUAUGCCUUUGGUCAUUAAAAAAAAGAGAAAAUAAGAGAAAUUUAGAAUACAUAAAAAUUUCAGCUCUGACAUCUAUUGCUAUUAGGCUGGCAGCUUAGCUCGUAAGAAUUGCUGAAAAUUUAAACAAGCCAAAGGGUGAAUAUUCAAUAGAAGAGAAACAAACAUAGUGUGGAAGAUUGCAUUGACAUCACUGAAAUCAGAAUGGCUACUCCUCGAUAGAAGGGAUUUACACAAACCUAGUGAUGAAGCCUGCGGUAACAUCUACUGAAAUUAGAAAGUACUGGGAGGCAAGUGGGGGUGGUGGCACUGAUGAUCUCACUAACCACAUAGAGCGUUUCCUAAAAUAAGCAGACUUAAUCUUCACUGUUACGAGAAAUCAGUAAAUUAAUAUUAAUUUAGCUUGCUAGCCAUUUAUACAGCUGAAGUCCAUGGACAGAAUCACAGAAAGAUUCUCAGAGAUCAUUUUCUAGUGAGGAAAUUGCCCUUAGAAAUAUCCAUCAACUUGACUAAAUAUUUCAUGUCAACUGUUGGCUUAGGCACAGAAGCAGCUGAUGAUAGAUUACAAGAGAAUAGAGUCUCCCUUUACCUUUCCUUAAGAUUUAAUUAAAAAAAGGGAAGAGUUCAAAAAUGUGACGAUAUAAACUCAUUAAACAGAAAUUAAAUUGUUCAGUGAUGCAGAAAUCGAGCAAUGAAAAUAAGUUUAGGAGGCUGUGAUUAAGACUCGACAAAUUCUAUGAUACAUAAGAUUUUGACAUGAACAUUCUCAACUGCAUACAUAUAAUUUUUUAGUUGAAUGGCCCCAAAAAGAAACAUUUAAGGAAAAUUUCCACAUGUUAAAAAAAGGAUAGUAACUAAAAUAGCAUAUUAAUUAUUUUAAAUUAUGUUUCUUUAAAAAAUGCUAGAAAUGUCAUAUUUUCAUUAUGACAUCAAAAUACUUCAAAAUUUGAAUUGGUUUACUGAAUUCUCAGACAACCAAAUGUUUUUAAAUUAUUCGAACAUGUAAAGUACAUGACCUAAUAGACUUGGAGUUUCAUUGCAAAAAACAUACAAGUUCUACUAGAAAAAAAGUUUUACAGGUGAUUUCUAUACGAUAUAAAGUGGUAGAAACGUGUUACUGUUUCUAAACAGGCCACCAUUCUCUUCGAUUAAUGAGGUUAUAGCAGCUAGACAAUCAGACUUGGAAAAAUGAUUUGCAAAAUCUCAGUUAACAUCCAAGACCCAGUACUACUAAUUAUGUAAGAAAUAGGAGCUGGUUACAAUGCACCCCUCAUCUCAAACUGGUCUCAAUAACUCCCUUCAGUUCAUGGUUAAGAAAAUCCUAGAGAAGCCUUUCAUGUUACUGUGAGAUCAGCAAAGGUAUACUCAUGUGGGUUCACAUAUGAUGUGAACAAUGGACAAUAUAAGACCCAAAUCAAGAAUAUCCACUUGUCUACAUAAAAGUGGAGGACAUCUACAUUAUAAGAAAACAUGAUUGGUAACAGAUUCUAAUGUCAUGUUUUUUGUUUUUGUUUUUUUUAUAAAAUAACCAAGGGACUAGGAUUAUGUUUUUCCUCCUUUUUUCUUUCUAUCUCUUAAAAUCAGGUAUGAUAGGAGUCAGGGAUUACAGAGUAUGACAAUGUAAAAAAAUUAAUAUUUUUGUAGACUCCUAAAGAAUAAAAAAACAUUGAAUAUGCUUUUAAAAUGUAAUUAUCUUCUCAGUAGUUAUGAGGCUUAUUCUGCAUGUAUACCAGCAUGGGAUAAAGGAGUACUUUUUAAUGAUAAAGAGCUUAAAAGUCUAAGUAUAGACCUAGGUUUACCAAGAUUCAGAAAGAAGAAAGCAUCAAGAAGAAACAAGAAAAUGUGAAACAGACUCAUAAUCAAAGUCCAUCCGUUUAGCUCCCAGCACCUAUAGUGUAAUUUGCUAGCAUUUCUGAGCCACAGAUUUCUCAUCUGUUAUCAAAAGGUGAUAGGCAGUACAUUAGAUACACCUAAGAAAGUCUUCAUAAUAGCAUUGAUCUGAAACCCUGGUUUAAGUGUUGGACUGCCAUAUAUUCUGAACUUUUCCUUCGUGUUCUCUUCUAGGGGGCUUUGUUCAAUGAGUGGUAGGGAAGGGUAAGGGGGAAAUUUGAUACUGUUUUAAGUGCUGCUAAAGAAGAAAGUUGUAGAGAAGUAUCACAAAGGAAGAACGGAGAAUGUGUCUACCAUCUUGAUUCCAUUGAAGGCCGCCAUACAGGCCAUAGCCAAUGCUUGCCCUGAGUGGUUUAAAUAAUUUCAUAAAGGAUUUUAUACUCAAUGAAUUGAGGGCAAAGCAAUCACACUGGAACAAAAAUGUGCCAAUUUUUCCAAUAUGCAAAUUGUAAUGAUCGGUAAUUCAUAAAACUACUUUGAGAGCAAUUGAAUAUUUUAGUAUUGUAAUUUGCACUAUGAUAUUACGAUGUUCAGGCAAACUAAAAUACUCUGAAAUCUAAUGCCAAAUGUACAGUUCAUAGGUUCAUGGUACUUCGUAUAAGUGUUUCAUUGCAUUGCGACAGUUGUUUAAUAGCAUUAACUUUCCCUGGGUGUGUUGUUAUGAUGCAGAUCUAACAGGGUUAUUGUAAGCACACUAAUUAGUCAUCUGGGGUUUUAUAGAUAAAAUCAUACAUUGAUCAGAAAUCACUUUUCUACUUAUUUUUUUGUAGAGUAUUUUUCCACACUUGAAAAAACAUGAUUAUUUUAUAUCAAACAUCAGUUUUCCUUUAAAAUCUUAUUUUAGUAGCCAAUGCAUGUUUGAAAUAAGAUGUUAAAUAUUAUGUGCCAAUAGUAAGAUUGUGUUUGUAAGUGAAAAAUGCAUGCUAUAAUGAAUCAUACAGCUUUGGUGGCAUAUUCUACUGCCACCUUAUAUGCAAGCUUUCUCUUAACCUGUGUGCAUGGUCCACAUGCUUUCAAGAGUCCUUUUUUAAUAUUUACAAAGUGACAUGUGAUUUUUAGUGCUGAUGAGCCAGUGAGCCAAGAUGCAAUCCUGUUCUGCUUUCAUUUUUCUUCUUUACAUUAUGUUGUAAAUUUUCUCAGAAAACUUUUUCUUGGAGUUGUUGGCAAUAAACUACAACAAAUGAAAGAAUUGGCUGGUAAAUCUUACAGACAACUUACCGUUACAAAGCAUGAAGAUGUGAGAAGAUCAUUUUACAAGCUUCAUUAUAUGAACACAAUACUCUGGCAUCUUUUUUGUGUAGUUAAGAAGAGCUUAUCGUUUCUGAAACACUGCCAAAGUCAGUACUACUGCCAAAAGGGAGGGACACCUGCAUUACACUAAACUGAAUAAUAACAGACUAUCCAGACUGUAUAGACUGCCAAUCAGUACAGUAAAGUGGGAGGGAUAUACCCACUCUUUUGUUUCUUAUUAAUUAGAGAAAUGUAUAAGGAAUAUGAAUUUUGGCAACAGAGACAUGGCUUUACAUGCUGAUAACUCAUGGAAAUAUUUGAAAUAAAACUCAUUCCAUUCUUGAAAAAAAUAUGCCCAGGCAUUUUGUUUGUUUCAGAAAUGUACUUGUGUUUUUGAAAGCUCUAAUUUCAAACAAGUAAUAUAUGUAGACCAACUGUUCCUUCUACAAAUAAUGUCAUUUAUUGUAACACAUAAUGGGUAGAACAUAGCUUUCAGUCAGUUAUUCGAAUCACCAGUAUAAAUAUUCAUAAUGUUUGAAGGUGAUUUCACUGUGAGGUUAUGAAAGCAAUGGAAACCCUAGUUAUUUGUUUGGGUUUUUAUGUGUCUAUUUAUAGAAAAAUGCUUCUUUUAAGUCUAAUUUUAACAACAUCAACUAAGUUAAUCUAAUGCUAAGAAAAUUGACUCUACUUACUAUUUCAAGUCACAGUCCUGAAACUGAGUCUUGCUGCAAUCCAAAAAUAAAACAUUGAUUCAAACGAAGAGCAGCCUACUCUGCCAUGGAAAGGGCAGCUACAGCAGUCAUGAUAUCAUAGAUGUGAGCAGGGUAAAGAAUUCCUACACCAUCCAUGACAUUGUAGGUGUGUGAAAGGACUACACCAUUCAUGAUACUGUAGGUGUGUAACACUCAGCCAAUAUUUGAUCUGGGCUCUCAGUUUCAUAUUGCAUGCAUCCCUUCAUUUAAUUAACUUGUAAAUAACAACACUUCGUGGCAGCUAAGCAAAUAUUUUAAUAAGCCAUGAAAGACAAGAUAUAAGAACUCUGUACUUUCAGGUAUUUAGAAAAAAAAAAUGUACUUGCCAUAAGUUAAAGCAGAGUUGCCAUUUGAAAUUUCCUUCCCUUAAAAAUAUGCUGUAACACCAUGUGUUCAUUGUUGUCUUUUCAGCCUUAUAAAUAUAUGAUGUGACUACUACAUCUUUGUGAAAUUUUGUUUAACAAUUAAUGGUUUUAACAAUCUGAACAACAAUUCAAGGCAGAAGUAAAUGCAUAAGGAAUUUGAGCCUGUUUGUAAGAAGUCUACUCCUUAUGUUAUAUUUACUAUAUUCAAUGUAAAUACCUCACUGAUAAAACACUGGAGCUAGUGAAUGUGUAAAUAAUUAUGUUCUAUUUGGGCCUAAUGCAUUCCUGUAAUGUGAAUAUUUAAAAUAAAAGAAUUCAAUUUAAAUGCA